UCCAUUUUUAUUAAUUUUUCUAUAUAAUAAUCUCCCAUUCUUCAAGUUCAAAGACCCAUAUAUUUUCUCUCUCUAAAGUCCAACCCCAUCAAAAACCCAACCAUUAUUUCUUCCAUUUUUUUCUUUUUUUUUCUUCUAGCUCGUGGGUUUGAACCCUUUAUGAUUUUAUUUAACUUCAUAUUAUUAAACCCUUAAAACUCGUCAAAAUUUUCCACUUGUUUUUUUUCCAAAUUUUCUAGUCUAGUCUUUGUUCUCUUCAAACUUACCGUCUUACCACGAGAUUUCCUUAAAGUUUUUGGUUGCUUAGUUUGCUGCCGUGUUCUAUUUAGUAGACUUUGUUUCAACCAAAUCUUUGGAAUAUAAUUUUCUAAUAUUAAGCUUAACUCUAUGUAUAUAAAUAUAUGACUAUAUAAGUCUUUAGUAUGGUCAUAGUUCUAAAGCAAGUUUGAGUUCAAGAGGAGAAGCUAAGCAAGAAGAGAGUUAUAGAGUUUCGAUUUAGUGAAGCACUUCUAAAGAUAUUCGAGGUCAGAAGUAUUGUUCUUAGAGAAAAUAUUAUAUAUAAAUCAAUGGGAUUAUCAAUUUCCAUAUUGAUUUCUGCUUGGCAUGAAAUUCUGAGUCAAAACUUGUUCAAUCUAGUCUGCAAUGGCUGUCUUUCUUCAAGGGCACGGCGCUUUCCAUUAAGGACGGCGAGUUUUAAGAGAAUUGAAUCCUUUAAGAAGAGUGCUCAGUCACCAAGAAUUGCAGAGACGGAUCAAAGUUCAGAAAUGGGUGUUAGGAAUUUUUCAAGUUUACAAGAUCACAAGCCGGAAAAAAUACUGCUUGAGAAGUCACCUUCUUUUAACUCUCUAGUACAAGAGUAUGAUCCUAGUAAUGCUCCACGUAAAAUGAGUUCGAAUGGAUUAAAUCACAAGCCUCUGCCUGCAAUCACUCUUCCUGAGCCCGCGAUACUGUUUUCUCCAAGGCCGGUUUCUGAGCUUGAUGCUGCUGCAGUUAAGCUGCAGAAAGUGUACAAGAGUUACAGGACUCGAAGAAACCUCGCUGAUUGUGCUGUUGUUGUUGAAGAGUUGUGGUGGAAGGCUUUAGAUUUUGCUUCGCUUAAGAGGAGCUCUGUAUCUUUUUUCGACAACAAUAAACAAGAAACUGCUGUUGCAAAGUGGGCAAGGGCGAAAACAAGAGUUGCCAAGGUGGGAAAAGGCUUGUCUCAAAAUGAGAAAGCUCAGAAGUUAGCUCUACGACAUUGGCUCGAAGCUAUUGAUCCACGCCAUAGAUAUGGGCACAACUUGCAUAUUUAUUAUGAUGUUUGGUUUCAAAGCGAAAGCAGUCAACCAUUCUUUUACUGGUUGGAUAUUGGAGACGGGAAAGAGGUUAAUCUUGAGAAAUGUCCGAGAACCAAAAUGCAGCAGCAAUGCAUCAAAUAUCUUGGACCGAAUGAAAGAGAAGCAUACGAAGUAACUGUAGAAGAUGGGAAGCUUACUUACAAACAAAGUGGAAAUUUAGUUCAUACUGCAGGGGACUGCAAAUGGAUAUUUGUCCUCAGUGCAUCAAGAUCCUUGUAUGUGGGACAGAAAAAGAAAGGUCUGUUUCAACACUCGAGUUUUCUGGCUGGUGCUGCUACGACUGCUGCUGGACGGAUGAUUGCUGUAAAAGGGGUUCUUGAGGCUUUAUGGCCAUACAGCGGUCACUAUCUUCCGACAGAAGAGAACUUCAAUGAGCUCAUGAGCUUCCUGAGGGAUAACAAUGUUGAUCUCACCAAUGUUAAGAAGUAUGCAUACAACGAGGGAGAUUCGUUUAAAAUUCCUGAAGACGAAAGUUCUCCUGAGAAGACAGAAGAUGUCACAGAAGCAACUAAUGAAGAAGCUAUACCAGCUGAUGUCAAGGCCAAAGCCAAAGAUGACCGUGAAUCAGAACCAUUCUCCUUUGCCAGACGCUUGUCCUGCAAAUGGGUCACUGGUAAUGGACCUAGGAUUGGCUGUGUUAGGGACUACCCCUUGGAAUUACAAUCCCAGGCACUCGAACAAGUCAACCUCUCACCACGUGUUACAACUAGAUCAUAUGGCCCAAUUCCUUCUCCAAGGCCUAGUCCAAAGGUUCAUGUCUCUCCAAGGCUUGCAUACAUGGGCUUGCCAAGUCCAAGGACACAGAUGGCUGCGGCCUAAGCUACUGAACAUUGUUAAGCCCUGUGCAUAACUAUAAUGGGGUGUAAAACCUGAAGAUAGGCACUUCUGGUGCCCACUUAGUGUUUUUGUUGAACUAACUUAUUUCUUCAUUUUUUUUCAAUUGGUUUUAUCCCCCUUUUUUCCAACCUUGUUUUUUUGUUUAAAUAACAAAUUUUAGAUCCUAAAUCAUGAUGUAAAGAUGGUCAAAAUGACAAAAUGUAAUCAUGAUCUUACUCUUGAUAUGUAUAUGUAUGAAAUCAAAGAAUGAAUGAAAGUGAGCAUUUUAAUCUUUGACUA